UAUAGCGAAGCAGGCACAUGGAGAAAGUGCAUGGGACUCCAAGUUCAGUUAGUUCAGGCAUUGAUAUAAGCCAGAAUCGGCAUAAGCUAGAAAUUUGGCCCGACAGACAUUCGUGUAAGCCAGAAUUGGCGUAUGCUAGAACUCUGGCAAGGCUGGCCAGGACAACCAAACCAAUGAACAUGAUUGAUUUUCCAAUUCAAGUUAGGCUGCUGCUCAAGCUCAACCUUUCGAGCGAUCAUGGCGAUGAAUGGGAGUAUUGAAGCUGCAGGCCCGCAGACAAGCUUACUCCUUGUAGAUUUUUUAAGUGAAAAGGUUGACUUGCAGAAAGACUACUUGCCCCGGCUGUGAAGUAGGAGUACUAAAAAAGAAAGACUUGACGGAAAGAGUUGACUUGGAAUUGGUCCUAGACGACUCCCUUCUCUCUUUGGAGUUUGGAAGACUGAAACACAAAACAAAUUCACAGACAGACACACAGUACUCUCUCUCUCUCUCUCUAGAAUCGAAGAAGAUGAAGAGCAGUAGCUCAACUCUGAUGGCCGCUAUCUUCUUUUCACUCUUCCUCCUCCUAAUCUCUUCAGCCAACUCAUUCUGUUUCUAUCACCCCACUGUCCCUCGUGAUUUUCAAACGGGUGAUCCCCUUGAUGUUAAAGUGAACAAGCUGUCAUCUGAGUACACAGGACUUCGAUAUGAUUACUAUGAUUUGCGUUACUGUCAGCCUGGCCAAGUAAAGAACAAUGCUGAAACUUUGCUUGAAAUUUUGGGGGAGGCUCUUCGAGGCGACCACAUACAGAAUUCCAUGUACACUUUCAAUAUGAGGGAGGAUCAGCCGUGCAAAGUGCUAUGUCGAAUUGUGCUUUGUGCUGAAGCUGCAAAGAAUUUCAAGGAAAAAAUUGAUGGCAAUUAUAGAGUUAACUUGAUUCUGGACAAUCUACCAGUUGCUGUUCGGCAACAUAGUUGCAAUGGCGGUCAGUCAACCACCACUUAUGCACAAGGUUUCUAUGUGGGGUUCAAAGGGAAUUAUGCAGGGAGCGACGACCUGAAGCAUUUCGUAUAUAACCACUUGAGCUUCAGAGUCAUGUUUCGCAAGCAUCUUGCAAAUGAUUCCGCUCAAAUCGUUGGCUUUGAGGUUACUCCAUACAGUAUUAAUCACGAGUACGAGGAAUUUCCUCACUUGAGAACAUGCAACAAGCACACCGAAAACCUAAUUCUAGGAAGCGCUCCUGCACAAGAAGUUGAUGCUGAUAAGGAGAUAAUAUUCACAUAUGAUGUUUCCUUCAUGGAAAGUGACAUCAAAUGGGAAUCACGUUCGGACCACCUCACGAAGAAUGUUCAGAGCAAGCCUUUCUCCACCAGAAAGUCUCUUAUGAAUGUCCCCUCAUGAUCGUCGGCUAAUAUUGAUGUACUUAUGUAUAGGUUGCCUUUGUGUGAAAAAAAAAUAAGAGUAGGUUGCCUUUGUAAUCUGAUAUAGUCCACCGAUGAUCGUCGUGGAUUUUACUACAUGUUAUGUUAUGUGACCUACGAAAGAGAACCAAAUACUGAACUCGGAACAUCUCUGUUUCCUCCUUGUCUAGAAUGUAAUAUCCAUAUAUAGUGCUUGGACA